UUUAGGGCUUUUACUGCAAUCCUUUUUUUUAAUGCACUGUGUGGCUUUGGCCCAAAUGGUGGUUUUAAACCAUGCAUUCUGCACAAUAUUUCAUUAUUGUAAUUGAGGCUUACAGAUGGGGUCAAAACAGGGUGUUUAACAGCAUUGAUGUGAACAUGGUUGUUCCUCUGUACCGCGUCAACCUCUACUUCACUGUCACUCCCACCAGGGGGCGCUCCAGCAGACGAGCAAACCGGAAGUCAGCUUUAGUGUUUCGCCUCCGUCCAACAUGGCGGAGGUCAGACUGCGUUACGGCCGAGAAGCGUGCAAAUUCGCGCAAAAAUCAUGCAGCCAAUACCUCGUUGGAUGUCGGACAAGGCAAGGUAAAAGCGCAACACAGACUUGGCCUCCGUUGGUGAAGUUUUCUUCCGGUGACAUCGAAGCCGGAGAGCGGCGGGGAGCCGGCGACUCGGCGGGCGUAAGAACCGUUGGAGUUUCACGGGACGGUUACAUAAGGGAGGCGCCGCCGUUGGCCGGUGUUAAGUACGUCUGGGGAAUCGUCGCGGAAGAUUACCGUCACCUCGGACUCGACAGAGAGUCGUGUGCUCUCUUAAAGACCGACGCUCAACGUACAGCGAAAUUUCAUCCUCGGUACCGGGUUAAAGCCAAGUUCCGGAGGACUCUUUGGUCCGCCCGGCGACCGCAGAGCCUCGGUUCGUGUUGUGGACAGCGACCCCUUGUGUCCACCAGGGCUUACAGCACCGCGCGAUCCGAACCCCUCUACAAAACCAAAACGGGCUACUAUGAAAUCCUCGUGGUGCCACCCGCUGCCACUCAAACCCAGAUAAAAACCGCCUACUACAAGCAGUCCUUCAUCUAUCACCCGGACCGCAACGCCGCCAGCGAGGACGCCACCGUCCGCUUCUCUGAGAUCAGCGAGGCCUACGCCGUGCUGGGCAACAAGGCGCUGAGGAGGAAGUACGACCUGGGUCUGCUGAGUCCGUCCGACCUCGUCGCCACGGCGAGGCCCGCCGCCGCGGAGUCGGGCGGCUCCGCCGGGGACCCCGCGGCGGGCCGUCGGUCGGUGGUGGGCGCUGACCUCCGAGGGGGGGGCGUCUUCGACUUCGACAAGUUUUUCAAAUCCCACUACAGCGAGCAGCUCCAGAAACAACAAGAGAUCCGAGUCCGCAAGGAGGAGAUGCUGAAGAAGGAGCGGGAGAAGAUCGGCGACGAGUCGUCGGGCAGGAUGAUGGAGAUGGGGAUCGUGGUGCUGAUGGCGAUGGCUUUCGGUUUAGUGAGCAGUCUGAAGGGAGGAUGAAGGUCAUUCAGACCGAGGACGUUGUCCUUGUUAGUAGUUCUGGACGAAUCUGAAUCAUCAUUAAGGCUACAGCAGCAGCAGCAGCAGCAACAACAACAAAACACUCAACACUGUUCACAUCAAUGCUGUUAAACACCCUGUUUUGAUCCCCGCUAUAACUUCAAUUACAAUAUUAAAAUAUUGUGCAGAAUGCAUAGUUAAAAACCAUCCUUUGGGCCAAAGCGACACAGUGCAAUUUAAAAAAAAACAUUGCACUAAAAUGCCAGAAAUCAACAACUAGCUAUUGACAAAAUAUGUUUCUCAGUCUAUGGCUGUAUCACAGUACUGUAUAUGUUCAGACAGUAUCAUGUUUUGUCACACGCUGUCAAGUAGGAUUAACGAAUCCUGGCAUUGUUCACACAGCUGUACACAUUUGAAUAUAAUACUCAAGAAUAAUAUUGAAAUCAGUAUUUAUCUGAUUUAAUAAUAGAAUGAUCCAUCUUGGCUUUUAUAAAGUCAUCUGUCUUGCAGAUGUCUUUAUUUUCAGUGUUUUGAUUGUGGUUUCAUGUUUUGCUAUUUAUGAACCAUUUGUAGCAAUGUAAGGAAGUACGGGAUGUAUAUAUCAGUCAUAUGUUGAGAGCUCUAUAUUCAUUUUAAAGGUGCCUUGGGUUAUAUUUAUUGUAAAAAUCCACAUAGUUCAAAUGUUUUAAUAAAUGGCAGGAUCUGUCUAGUGGAGCAGA